AUGGCGUCCGUGCGUAGAGUUCUUCCCACUCGUCUCGUCUCGAGGGUGGUGACGGCAUACAAGGAGCAGGCCGCCGCGGCGGCCACGAGGAAAGGGAGUGUGGCGGACAGGGUCGACGUCGCCCGCUCCUACGACGUGUUCAUAAGCCACAGGGGUACCGACACCAAGAUGACGUUGGCCGGGCUGCUCUACGACCGCCUCGUCCAUCACAACGUCCACCCGUUCCUGGAUAACCGGACGAUGGAGCCGGGGGACAAGCUGUACGAGUGCAUCGAUGCCGGCAUCCUGCAGUGCAAGGUCGGCGUCGUAAUCUUCUCGCCCAGGUACUGCGACUCCUCAUUCUGCCUCCAUGAGCUGGCGAUGAUGGUGGAGGCCAAGAAGAAGCUGAUUCCCGUCUUCUGCGACGUGAAGCCCUCCGAACUCUCGGUUUUGGACGCCGAGUCGCAUUCGCCGGAGAACCUGAAGAGGUACAGCAAGGCGCUUCAGGAGGCCAAGUACACGGUGGGGCUGACCUUCAACUCCAAGACAGGGAACUGGUCGGAGGUGGUGUCGAGGACUGCGAACAUCGUCAUGAAGUGCAUGAAGGAGGGAAAAGACCGCUGA